AUGUUUUUUUAUGCCCGUAAGAAGGUUUUCAACACUGUCGGUGCCACAGUUGGCCUGGUGUCUGAAGGUAUCACGGCCAAGAAAACCCACAAGGCUGAGAGCGAUCCACAGCAAGAUGCAGAUCUCGAUCAAGACAGAGAGGAGGGAGAGAGAGACAGCAGUGAGCUAGACGAAAUCAAUAAUGACCAUGAACGACAAUGGGACCUCGACGAGGCCCAAGACCGACUGCUUGGAGCAGCUCAACAAUCACCAGCGAUCAACGAGACCAUCGACCACACCCACCUUGCACAAUCAUUUGCCCAGCAAUACCCCCUCCCCCCCUCAUAUGAGAGACCCUUCCUGCCAUAUCCAGUUGUUCUGCCUCAACGUCGGCCUCGCACUCGAGCCAGAGGUUUUGUGCGUGCCUACGCGCCGGACCUGAACGCCUUCGGAAUCGACCAGGACAUGUUCCUCGACUUCGUUGACCGGGCGAAUCAGUCGUGCCGGGGAUGCGAGGCGUUGGGAUUGCUCAACUUUGCUACACUAAUGGCUAUCCCCCUAGGCUCACCGGGGAUAGGGAUGGCCAUCUCCGUGGUGCUUCAACUUGCGAUCAAAACGACCAUCGCCAUGGAUGGGCGACGGAAGUCGAAUAACUUCUUCGACGCGGCGAAUCGCGACUUCUUCAUUCCUCGUGGUCUUUUCUGCCUCGUCAUGACCUGGAACCCCGAAAUCGAUGAUCCAUACGUCACCUUCAACAUGAAUCAGACCGUUGAUUCUGCUAUGGCAAGGGGAGGGGAGGGGAACUUUGACAAGCUCAAGCAUAAGUUCCAAAAGGCCAACGGGGAAUCACAAUUCAUUCCUGACAUUGCACCACUCGAGUUUCCCACUCUGGACAAGAUGGAUCUAGAUCCCGAGACGCAGAAGAAGAAUGAUACGAUGAAGGACAAGGCGAGGCGGAAGAUCGAGUUUGCCGCAGGGUACCGGGACAAGAGGGCACAGGCGAGAUUUAACGCAGAAGAUCCCGACAGUACUUUGAUUCAAGGCCCCGAACCGGAAUUCACCUCGCGCUACGCAGACCCAAAUCACCCAGCCAGCGAAGGCUCCCCCGUUGCGCUUCUUACCGGAGGCCGUCUCACGGAGAAACAGAUCUUCAAGUAUACCGCGGCCGGGUUCGCAUAUAACCAGGGCAAGAAAGCGUAUGCGAAACGUAAAGAGAGAAAGGUCUCCCAGGAAGAGGUGGCGGAUGGUGUUCAUCCGGAGACAGAAUCCAGUCCCACAGGCGAUGGGGAGGCGACGCCAAAGGAGGGUGUUUCGGAGGGACUGAAUAAGGUGACGAAUAAGUUGAAGAAGGUGAGUUCUUUCUGUUCGUGUCUUGGGGAUGGAUAG